UCAUUAGUUUCACACCAACACUUAAAGUUUGAUCCUUUUUUUAUGUCUGCAGAAGGUUAUCAUGAAAUAAAUGGUUAUCACAAUUCAGCAUUAGUUAUAAUUGAACCCUAAUCUAACCAAGCUAAUGUAGGUAAACAACAAAAGGCCACCAAAUGAAGAAUGGUAGAAGCAAACGGGUAAACCACUGCAUUCAAAAGAGGCCAACUUUCUGCAUCACUUGUUAUUAUAUAAGGGUAAGUUGUGGCUUCAUCAAUUACCAUUCCAUUGUUUUAGCUUGAAGACUUGUAAUUGAUUGCUGAGAUGGCUGGUGUGGUGAAGGAGCGUGAAGGGGCAGAGAUAGUGUAUGGUUCUGAAGAGUGUUAUCGCCACUCCAUAGAGCUCUUAGAAGAGUUGGGUUUUCCAAAGGGUGUUCUUCCCUUGCAGGAUUUGGUGGAGUGUGGCAGAGUUAGAGAAACUGGGUUCGUGUGGAUGAAGCAAAAAGCCCCUUAUGAGCAUUUUUUUGAGGGAACCAACACCAGGGUGAGUUAUGCAGUAGAGGUCACUGGCUAUGUGGAGAAGUUUAGGAUGAAGAAAAUGACAGGCAUUAAGAGCAAACAGAUGCUGCUAUGGGUGCCAAUAUCUGAGAUGUGCAUUGAAGAUCCUAAGGCGAAGAAGAUACUCUUUAAGACCCCUGUGGGAAUAGGAAAGUCCUUCCCCAUCAUCGCAUUCAUGACCCCAGAGGAAAAGGAAAAACACCUUCUGUUGCAGAAUAAGGUGAUUGAAGAGUGAUUAUGAUACAUGUUACAAGUUUCUGAGUGAGAUCUUAAUAAAUAAUGAGCCACGACAGUAUUCAAGGAAAUUUUACUAGUUUAAUUUCUAUUUGUUGCUAUCAAUAUAAAGAUAAUUAUCAUAAAAAUCAUUAAUUAUACUUUUGUUCGUUUGUUAUUA